CUACUUCGCCCAAAUUAGAACAUCAUUAUCUUCAAGAGUCUCUUUUUUCUUCAUACUAUUUCAAGAAAGAAUUAAACUUCUUUUCCUUUUGAUUUUUUCUGUCGGGAAGACUUUUAAGUUCCAUUUCUUUUCCGGGAAACAUCUUCGUUCAUUUGUGUGCUCUAGUCGUCCCUCUCAACUCAAAUCAAGGUUCAAGAAUCUGUGGAAGAUAACAAGCAGAUAUGAUGAAUCCCCAAAGAAACAAAUUCGUAAGGUUUAAUGGAAAUGAUGAGUUUUCGACCAAAACUACUAGACCAUCAGUAACUUCAGUUAUGAAAACCGUUAGACGAGGCUUCGAAAAGGGGUCAGCGAAAAUCAGAACCUUUAAGCAGCCCUUGAGCUUUCAUUCAAAGAAGAAUCAAGAAAACAAGAAGAAGAAGAUACUAAGAGUGAUGAAUCCUAACGAUUCUUAUCUUCAAAACUGGAACAAGAUUUUCUUGCUUCUCUCUGUUGUGGCUUUAGCCUUUGAUCCUCUGUUUUUCUAUAUCCCCGUUGUGAACCCCGUGAGAUUCUGUCUUAAUCUAGAUACGAAACUCGAGGCAAUCGCUUGCAUUUUCCGCACUUUCAUCGACGCUUUCUAUGUGGUUCACAUGCUGUUUCAGUUUCAUACCGGUUUCAUCGCUCCUUCGUCUCGUGGUUUCGGAAGAGGAGAGCUUAAUGAGAAUCCUAAAGAAAUCGCUAUAAGAUACCUCAGCUCAUACUUUCUGGUUGAUCUUCUUUCGAUUCUCCCUAUUCCGCAGGUAGUUGUUCUAGCUAUUGUUCCAAGGAUGAGAGUACCCGCGUCGCUGGUAGCAAAAGAGCUAUUGAAAUGGGUAAUAUUUUGCCAAUAUGUUCCGAGGAUAGCUCGGAUCUAUCCCCUUUUUAAAGAAGUAACAAGGACUUCUGGUUUGGUAACUGAAACUGCUUGGGCUGGAGCUGCUUUAAACCUAUUCCUCUACAUGUUAGCUAGCCACGUUUUUGGGUCUUUUUGGUACUUGAUUUCGAUAGAAAGGAAAGAUAGAUGUUGGCGCGAAGCGUGUGCUAAGAUAGUUGGAUGCAGUCAUGAAAAACUGUACUGUUCACCAACAGGGGAAGACAAUAGGCAGUUUUUAAACGGUUCUUGUCCUUUGAUCGAUCCCGAAGAAAUCUCAAACUCGACGGUUUUCAACUUUGGUAUAUUCGCUGAUGCAUUGCAGUCUGGAGUUGUGGAGUCUAGAGAUUUCCCUAAGAAGUUUUUCUACUGUUUCUGGUGGGGUCUCCGCAAUCUUAGUGCUUUGGGCCAAAACUUGAAGACGAGUACCUUUGAAGGAGAGAUCAUUUUUGCGAUUGUCAUUUGUGUCUCUGGACUAGUCUUGUUUGCUCUUCUCAUUGGAAAUAUGCAGAAAUAUUUGCAAUCAACUACUGUAAGAGUUGAGGAAAUGAGAGUGAAAAGGAGAGAUGCAGAGCAAUGGAUGUCUCAUCGGAUGUUGCCAGACGAUCUGAGAAAACGUAUCCGUAAAUACGAACAGUAUAAAUGGCAAGAAACCAAAGGAGUUGAGGAAGAAGCUCUUCUCUCUAGUCUUCCAAAAGAUCUCAGAAAGGACAUUAAACGCCAUCUUUGUCUCAAUUUGCUCAAAAAGGUGCCUUGGUUUCAAGCUAUGGAUGAUCGGUUACUAGACGCUCUAUGUGCUCGUCUCAAAACGGUUCUUUACACAGAGAACAGUUACAUUGUGCGCGAAGGUGAACCAGUGGAAGAUAUGUUGUUUAUAAUGAGAGGAAAUCUAAUAAGCACAACCACUUAUGGUGGCAAAACUGGUUUCUUCAAUUCGGUUCGCUUAGUUGCUGGUGAUUUUUGUGGAGAUCUUCUCACUUGGGCAUUAGAUCCUCUCAGUUCAAACUUCCCUAUCUCUAGUAGAACCGUUCAAGCUUUGACAGAAGUCGAAGGCUUUGUUCUCUCAGCUGAUGAUCUCAAGUUUGUUGCUACUCAGUAUCGCCGCCUCCAUAGCAAGCAACUCCGACACAUGUUCAGGUUUUAUUCGGUGCAAUGGCAGACAUGGGCAGCAUGUUUUAUACAAGCAGCAUGGAAGAGACAUUGUAGAAGGAAGCUCUCAAAGGCUUUACGUGAAGAAGAAAGCAAACUACAUAACACUCUUCAGAACGAUGAUUCAGGAGGCAAUAAGCUUAACUUAGGUGCUGCGAUUUAUGCGUCGAGGUUUGCUUCUCAUGCUCUGAGGAAUCUAAGGGCGAAUGCAGCAGCACGCAACUCUAGAUUUCCUCAUAUGUUAUCUUUGUUGCCUCAGAAACCAGCCGAUCCGGAGUUUUCUAUGGAUGGAACCUAAUUGUGUAUAGUUGACUCUAUCUCUAUGUAAUGUGAUCGCUAGUGAUUUUUUUGCAAAUAAUUAUGUAACCAGUAAAGAUCUUUAUGUGAAAUAAUCAAUAGGAAAAUUUCUUAAA